AUGUUGGAAAACACCCUAACCGGGUAUCAGGCAAGAGCCGGUCCAAACCAAGCUCUUCGGCGGGAAGUCGGGAUAGGCAAUGCCUUCACUAACGAGGAUAACACUGCCAUAAGGAAGAUUGCAGCUCUUGCUACAAAGCAGAGGAUUCUCCACGGCACGGACUGGGGGAAAGUAGUUACUCUUGCAGCUACUGCCCUUGAAUCCCUAGCAUUUUUCAAGCAGAUAGGCAAUGCAGGCACAGUUCCCAUCACAAGUGUGGCACAAGAGUUGUGCCUCACAGUCGUUCUAGGCACAGUCCUUCAAAAAGAUGCUGACGAAACCCAGUAUAAAGACGUACUCAAAUUGGCGGAGGAUAUCAAAAGAAUUUGGAUAUCAUCCAAGAAUGCAGGUGAAGGGAAACGAUCAAGCUAUAAAAGCGAGACAUUAUUUAAUGAUACUCUCAAGGCAAUAUUUCCGAAUAUCCAAAUUAGUAGCCCAGCUUUAACUCCAUUGAAUCUUAUUCUACCAUCUUUCGAGAAGACGUGGAAAAUAGUUCUGCGAGCUUUUCUAGAGGUCAACCUCCUCACAGGCGAUCGCUCACUGGAGUUCAAACAGGUGCUUGUAGAGUUCUUCCACAACUAA